CAACAGAGUGGAAGGCAAACAGACGAGGAGAGCUAGCAGGAGAUCAAAGACUGUCGUUCAAAGAUGGAUUUAAGUUUCCUUGAAGUUUUGGAGAGAGAAACCGUCCUAGAGGUUCUUCGCAGAGACAAGCAGCUGCGAAUAAUUGAAGAGGACAGAAUCAGGAGGAUGAAGUACGAGCUCCAGGAACUGAGGAGGAAGGGUGCUAAAAGUUAUGCCCGACAGUACGGAGAGCGGACCUGCGCCCGCUGCCAGAGGCCGCUCGGAAAAUUCUGGAACUCUGGUGCGGUGUGCCGCGGCUGCAGCCACCGCAUCUGCAGCAAGUGCCGCAUAGGAGCCGUGGACUGGAAGUGCACAGUGUGCCACGCCUACAGGGACGUGAAGAUCAGGUCUGGAGAGUGGUUUUUAGAAGAAAAAGCUAAGAAAUUUCCGGUCACCAAAGACAAAUAUGAGACAGUCGGUGAGAAACUGCUGAAGAUCUCCAAUGUGCUGAGCCAUAUUUCAGUUGUGCCUCCUACUCCUCCACCCCACUUGGAUUAUAAUUUUCUGAGCAGAUCUGGGGACCUGAAAAACUCAAGGCCUUUCACCAAAUCAAUGGAGAACCUAAUGGUUUCCUUCACAAGUCACAUAAAAAAAAUUUCCACGUCUCAGAAUGAUGUUCGAGAAGACCUGCUGAGUGUCGACGGUGGACGAAAACCAGCGCGUUUCAAAUUCAGCACCCAGAAGAGCCUGUCCGACACCGACAUCAACAAAUCCUCCACUCUCUUUAAAGUUCCGAGUCUUCCGAACCUGUUCAAGAAAAGCAAGGACAGCGACCAUGAGGGCUCCUCCACCGGAGCAGAGGAGGAAACCUCCUUCAGUUCUGAGCAAUCUGGAGGAAAGAGAGGCAGCUGCAGCAGCAUCAGCACAGACUGCAGCAUCUUGGACGGCCUCUCCGUGACUGGGGAGCUGGAACUGGCUGUGGCCUACAACCCCGGCAGCUCCUGCCUGGACAUCACAGUGGGGGCCUGCAGAGCUCUCGUGUGCGGAGACGGCAAGAAGAAAUGUCGCCCAUUCGUUAAACUUCACGUGCUGCCAGACAAGAGCUGCAAGCUGAAGACAUCGGUGAAGAAAAACACCACUGAUCCAGUGUUUAAUGAGGUUUUGAAGUUUGACAUAGAGCGCCAUCUGCUGUACGGAAAGCGGCUGCAGGCCUCGGUGUGGCAUUCGGGAACUCUGAAACGAAAAGUGUUUCUUGGUGAGGUGCUCAUCCCACUAGAUGCCUGGACGUCAAACAACAAGGACCUGCAGGGCUUCAACUGGUAUCCGCUGUGUCCAAAGCGGCCUGAGAAUUCAAGUGGAGGUGCUGCGGAGCACGACAGAGUCAAGCACAGCUCCAACAACCUGGGUGUCUGACCUUGGAAGCUGGCAGAGCGCUUGUUGAGAAAACGUCCAGUUCUGGAGGAAGACAGGGCCUCUUAUCUGGGACGUCACUGAACCGGGGCCAACCCUUCUCUUGAGUGGGUCUUAAAUGUGCUCAAGUAACAGCGGGGAUGUUCUUUCCAACAUCCUGAGACAGCACUUUAGUAUUACCCACCUGUGAAGCAUUCAUGAGAACCUGAUUUCGUAAAAAGAUCAUAAUUCAAUUUUCUAUAGUAAGCAUUUCUGGGAGUUAAUAACUUAUUUUUAAGAUAAUCUAAAAAGCUAUAUAAAAUGUCAUUCUACCUGUUAAUUAUAUCCAUUAAAAUAAAACCAUCCUCCGUCAAGGGCCAUAGUUCGCUCAGGCCUGCUUUAAUUAGCUAACACAAACCACUUAUGAGGAAGAAUUAUGUUGAAGUUGAUAAUAAACAACUUUAUAAACAACAAAAAAAUUGUUGUGGUUUACAGCACAGCGCAACUUAACAGACUUAAUAUGUGCAAUUAUUUAAAUUUCUGUCCUGAGGCGUUUUCUCCUCCCGUUGCUUGCAAAUGGAACUGAGAUCCUCUAGACUCUUUUGCAUUUGCACAUUUGUCUGACGAUGCAAAGUCAGGCCUUGAAAUCUUGAACUGGUCUUGGAUUGAAGCAAAUGUCUCCAAAAUUAUGACAGAUUAAUCUCUCUGUCCCUCAAAUCCUCUGUCCCUCCUCACAACUACACUACUGUCUAUUUGCAAACUUUUAAAGUAAAAAAAAUCAUUUUGUAGGUAAUGUACCAUUUCAGAGAUUUGGAAGUUAAACUUGAAUUGAAAGUAUCGUAUUAAAGAUGAUGUUUUUUAAUAAUAUGUGAACCUUCUUCAGCUCAAACAAAUAGUUAUAUAUAUAUUAAAAUAUUUGGCUUUUUAUAGGGAUUAUUAAAUUACCACUCAUGAAUGCUUCAUUGGUGGAGUUGUGAAGAAGUGCUUGCAUAGUCUUCUAACUACAUCACUUCCUGCUCCAAAUGUUAACAGUUAAAAGUUAAAUGUUUCACAGUCAAAGAGAGGUGUGAGAGCAGUUUUACAGAUGAAUUUCCCUCUCUAACGAUGGUCUUCUGUCAGUGGAGAAAAAAAACAUUCCUGCAAACAGCAUGAAUGAGAAACUUUGGGUGAUGUUUCUGACAAAUAAAACCUGGGGCCACACCCUCCCGACACAGGAAACGGUUCUAUCAGAGUGUGGCUUGGGGGCCUGCCUGACUCUUCAGCAUUUCCUCCUGGACAAUAAGGCCUUUCUUGUCUCUGAGGAAGCAGCAUGUGAAAGACUUGCUCAGUCUCUGGUUUCACAGUGCCGACAUGUUGUUUUGGAAAGAGCACUUAUGUCACUGACCUGGAAUUCUGUACUCUCUCAAUGCACCAUGGCAACUGGGGGACCAACAGGUGGCAUCGCCGGUCCAACAUGACGACACUUGCUUUAUUUAUUUUUCUUGCUGUUGUUUUAAAAAUGAAACGUCCGCACUUUAUUCCCUGUUAUCAGUAUUUAUUAAGUUGCGGCCAUUGGCUGGGAAUGACUGAAUUGUCUUAUGUAGCUUCCAGAUGAUGGUUGUGUUUUCAUUAAUUUAACUAUUUAUUUCUCUGUCCAGCUCCAUGUACACGUGUAUGUUUACUCUGCAGAAGUGCUUUCAGCCAUUUACUGUCAGACUGCCAAAGUGGAUCUCUCUUACACUGUCUGUUCUUUUUGAGCAGUU